AUGGACCCCGCUACUUUUGAGCCCUGGCGUGUCCCACUGGCGCAAUGGGGCCUCGUUCAGCUGGUAACGGGGUUGACUGUGGCCCUGACGCCGUCCCAAUCUAUCGUCCGGUCCAUGGCCGCGGCGAUCGUAAUAGCUUUAGCAUACUCGUUCCAAUCUAGCGUCGCGGAAUCAUUUGCCGACACGAGAGCGGGAGGGCCAUUGGCGGCCAUGUGCUGGGUGAACGUACUGAACGCUAUUGAUAUGCUCGUGUUGAGUCGGGUCUCCUACGAGGCGCAGGUUGAGUGGGAGGCGAAGAAGUUUGGCGAUGGAGCUGCAAAGAAAGCGAAUUCUGAUUCCCUAAAAUCAACCCUCUUCCGUCGACUUCUCUGGUCGCAAAACAUAGCGUUCAACUAUCGCCGCAUCAACACGCCGUGGCAGAUCUCGAGACUCCCUGUGUUCGACAGCACGAAUCCGCAAUAUGUACCCACCCGUUUAAAGUUCGUGCUCCAGGGCAGUGUGAAAGUAUGUAUCGCGUUCUUAUUGGUACAUCUGUGUACUAUGGACCCGAGCGACCCUCGUAUGGUUGGUGCUGUAGCGGAAUUAUCCGACAGCAAGAUGGUUCUCGCCCCUUGGUUGCACGGGACAUCGGCAAAUACAAUCUUGGUUCACGCUAUGAUCACUAUCUCGUUCGGAAUCGUAUGCAGGGCCUCCAUCGUGGGAAUGUAUAGCCUUGGGGGAGUCGUAUUGGUAGCCUUGGGAGUCUACGACCCCGUGGAGUGGCCACCAGUAGCCAAUUCGCUGACCGAAGCCUGGUCUUUAACACGACUAUGGGGGACGGCAUGGCACCAAGUCCUGCGUACGCUUCUCGUCUCGAACGCAGACUUCAUCUCCUUCUCGGUUCUACGGAUAUCUCCUAAGUCACGGUGGGCCUGCUACCUCCGAGUGCUUUUCGCCUUUACCGUAUCUGGAUUUAUCCACAUGGGAAUGGAUCUGGCGUUCGGCGUCCCGCGAGCCACAACUGGCGCUGUAUGGUUCUUUUGUCUCCAAGCUUUGGGUGUUAUGUUUGAGAGUAUUUUUCAAUCCCUGUUUUGCACUCAGAUUGAGAAAAUCAGUCCUCUCUUUAGGCGUGUGAUGGGAUAUGUUUGGGUGGCAUUGUUCCUCUUGUGGGCGACGCCCGUGUGGUUGAAUCCCAUCAUGCUUUGUUUGUACAAGGAUGGACAACGGGGCAUGUCUCCGGUUCCCAUCAUUGGAGACGUACUUAGAGCUCAGGUCACGUGA